UUGCCCAACAGCCGCGGGCUUCGUUCAUCAAUCGGGAGCGCUCCGCGCGCGACCCGCUGCCGUCUCGGCUCGAGCGACAUCGCGGCGCCCUGGGAGCACUGCAGGUCUCCAAGCAAGCGCACUGGCGGAUCUCCGACGAGCAUGGCAUCGACCCGACGGGGACCUACCACGGCGACUCCGACCUCCAGCUGGAGCGCAUCAACGUGUACUACAACGAGGCGACGGGAGGGCGCUACGUGCCUCGCGCGGUGCUGAUGGACCUGGAGCCCGGCACCAUGGACAGCGUCCGUGCCGGGCCGUUCGGCCAGCUCUUCCGCCCGGACAAUUUCGUCUUCGGCCAGACGGGAGCGGGCAACAACUGGGCGAAGGGGCACUACACCGAGGGGGCGGAGUUGAUUGACAGCGUCUUGGACGUUGUCCGCAAGGAAGCCGAGGGCUGCGACUGCCUCCAAGGUUUCCAGAUGUGCCACUCCCUUGGCGGCGGUACCGGCGCUGGCAUGGGUACCUUGCUGAUCUCCAAGGUUCGCGAGGAGUACCCAGAUCGUAUCAUGGAGACGCUUCGCACUCAGAUCCCGAAAGUCAGCGACACCGUCGUGGAGCCGUACAACGCGGUGCUGUCGUUCCACCAGCUCGUCGAGAACGCGGACGAGUGCUUCCUGCUGGACAACGAGGCGCUCUACGGUGCUCGGCGGACAUCUGCUUCCGCACGCUGA